CAGAUUCUCACUGAGCGGAGUGAAGGACAUGUGCCUCCUCAUCAUCACACUGCAGCAACCAGAGGAAGACACAGUUCUCUACAACGUGUUCAUGUCCGAGUUCUAAAGGAAACAUCAUUUUCAACGUCGGAGCCAUGAGCAAACGGAAACUGAGUCUCAGGUGGUUGGGGAGCCUCAGCAAUCUCUCCACCCGCCGCUCCUCAUUCAAGGCCAACACCCAGGCAGCCCCAGAGCAUGAUGGGAGCCUCUGUGGGGCCAAACCAGCAGCAGCUGGGGAGAAGACAGUGGACGACAUGGAGUCGUGCCUCCACAGCCCCAGCUACGCCCGCUCCAGUGACAUGUACACACAUGUGGGCACUGUGCCCCGCAGCGAGAGGAAGAAGAGCUUCAGGGGUCUGAAGGAAAAGAAGAAGAGGAGGGAAGAGGAGGAGGAGGAUGGGGGGGUGAGUGGAGGGCAGGGCCAGUGCAAGGCGGGGGAACAUGUCCCAGACUCCCUCCUGCUCAGUGCCCUGUCCAGCCUCACUUUGACCAGUCCGGACCGGCCUCUGCCUGUUUCUGCAUUGUCCCGGCCGCUGCCCGCCACUCCGACACCCAGCCGAGCUUCACCUUUGACCUCAGGCCCUGACGGCUUCAGUCGUCCUCCAGGAGAACUCGAUAAGAGCCAAGACGCACCAUCGAGGAGCAAGGAUGCUUUAGAAACCAGUAGACCUGUGAAAUAUCCACCAAACAUGGCCACUAAUGGCCCCAAAGUGGUUCCAGCGCAGGAUGUGUACGUACCGAUGGACCCGAUUACUGAGGCAGCUCGAGACGACCAACGAGAGAAACAACAAAGAGACACAGCACAGGAACCCACGAGCCCCGGGGGCGGCUCACAGGACGGAAGGCCGUGUCACGUGACAGACGGCAGUGGAGAGUAUGUGAAGUUCUCCAAGGGGAAGUUCUGGUUGGAGCCGCCGUCAGAGACACAGAGGAAGCAGCUGGAGGAGGAGCUGAAGCUGAGCGGCACGAACCUGAAGAGCAACGCCUGGUACCACGGACACAUCCCCUGGGAGGUGUCAGAGAGCCUUGUGGGGAAACAUGGCGACUUCCUCAUCAGAGACUCUCAGUCCAGUCAGGGAGACUUUGUCCUCACCUGCCACUGGGAGGAGAAAACGCUUCACUUCCUCAUCAGGAAGACGCUGGUUCAGUCUGGUGAGACGUACACCCGGGUCCUUCACAGCCUGGGGGGGGGGGCCUUUGACACCUUACAGGCCCUCGUCCACUUCUACGCGGGCAGCAGGGCGGCUCUGACCCCGUGGAGCAGCGCUCAGAUCCAUCAGCCAGUUAACAGGACGCUGCCACUCAGUUACCUGGAGACGGCGUUCGGCACUGUCCCCAGCCUGCGCUCCAACCAGGGAGGGCCGAGGAGCGGCAGCACGAGUGGAGAGGAGAGGGUCCGUCCCAGGAGUCCUUCCUCUCUCCACCACAAGGGGACAGACAUGAGCAGAGGACAGGACGACCGGACUCUGUCGACUUCAGGAGAAUCAACUCUCACUUCUCCAAACAUCAACACCCCACGGUCCAGAAGCCCUUUAUACCCUCCGACAGCCUUUGUGGCUCCAUCUCCAUCCUUCUCCAGGAGCUUGAGCACCACUCAGCCCACGUCCUCCCCGAGCAGCACCCUCAACAGACAGCGUAACAACAGAUACCAUCAGAACCAGGACUCUCCGUCCCCUGAUACAGACGGAAGCUGCUACACAGAGCUGUACCCUGGCCCUCAGAGCUACGUGGAGAGGCUGUGGGCAGAGGAUGGGUCGCUGGGCCUUGAUCCACUGAGGCUGGAUGACGGGAACGUGUACUUUUCACCCGUGGUGGAGGCGGCUUCUUCUUUCAAACCGAGCAGGUACAAGUCGCCGCUGAUGCCUGAAGAGAAUAAGCCUUUGGAGGUUGGAAUUCUGCGAAGAGUGAAGGAGCUUCUAGCUGAGAUCGACCCCAGGACAGCAGCUAAACAUAUCACCAAGGCUGACUGCAUGGUGGCCAGAAUUCUGGAGGUGACUCCGGAGGUGCAAAGGAUGAUGGGAGUCAGUUCUGGGAUAGAGCUGCUCACGCUGCCACAUGGCCAGCAGCUGAGACUGGACCUGCUGGAGAGGUUUCACACCAUGGCCAUCAUGUUGGCGGUGGAUGUGUUGGGCUGCACCGGGACGAACGAGGAGCGAGCUGGCCUGCUUUACAAAAUCAUCCAAAUCGCUGCCGAGCUCAAGAGCACCAUGGGAAACAUGUUUGGUUUUGCUGCCGUCAUGAGAGCUCUGGAGCUGCCGCAGGUGUCUCGUCUGGAGCAGAUGUGGACGGCGUUACGGCAGCGACACACAGAGGGCGCUAUUCUCUACGAGAAAACUCUGAGGCCAUUUAUGAAGAGCCUCAAUGAUGGGAUAGAAAGUUGUCCGCUGUCCAACACCACCUUCCCCCAUGUCCUCCCCCUCUUGUCUCUGCUGGAGAAGAGUGUGGCGGUGGGUGAGGGGACGGAGCCAUGGGAGACGGCGGAAGUCGGUAUGGACAUGGUCAUGUUGCACCUGGGGGCGGCGAGGACCAUCGCACAGCUGGGGGGCAUUUACCAAUCCAACGCUCAGGGCAAACUACAAGGUUUCCAGGAGCAGGCUGAGGUCCUGGAGCUCUUCCUGACCGACUUCCAGCUGAGGUUGCUGUGGGGUAGCAGGGGAGCCCCGGAGAGCCAGGCUCUGCGAUACACCAAGUUCGACCAGGUGCUGACUGCCUUGUCCAACAGGCUGGAGCCGCCUUUCAGAUCACACUGACCUCAGAGCUGGACGAGUGGCCUGUCGCAUUCUCCCUCAUGGAGUCUGUCGUCAAUGAAACCUUACUCCAGGGCUUUUGGGAGAGUUUGCACAGUGAUGUGUUAAACAGGGAGGCUCCUGCCACACAUGCACACGAGUGGCAGUUUGACUUUAGACAUGUAAAGCUGAUCUAUCAAUGCACCGUCUCUGUCAGUCAGACACUUGAAAGGUGAAGCAAACCUUCCUGUCGCUCUUUGAUUCAGAUCCCUGAUGAAACUUCAUUCAGAAGGACGAUUACAGGCUUCAAAGUGGUUCUGAUACUUAAUGGUUCGUUGUUUGAAACCAAGCCCGACUGGUCUGACUCAAGAGAAGUUGAGAGAAGCAUCAAUUUCUCCCCCACAGUCAAGAGUUGUUGAAUAAAUGGACGAGCAGACCAGAGAAACAAGAUGGUGGAGAACUAGUGGUCUCAUUUUCUACCCUCAUUACUCUCUUCAUUUAGCACUAAUCCCAGUUUAUUGUGAAUUGAAGAAUUAAUCUUUAACAUUUAAAAGAGUCAGAAAUCAGCAUGUUUUGCCAGCACACGUUAUUUAUUGUGUUUUAGGGAUGCACCGAUUUAGUGUCCGAACAUCGGGGCAGAUCUUCACCUUAUUGAUUGCUGUUGGUCUAUCAACAAAUAAGUCAACAUUCACUGGUGGCAGAGUUUUGAUGAAGAUAUGAUUGAGUGAGUGCUCAUUCAAAGACUUUACAACUGAUCGGUUAUUCCUUUAGAACAUAGAUUUCUUGGUUUCCCUGGAAUACUGUUUAAGAUGGAAUGAGAUGAAGGAGAUGAAAAUGAACUGACCCUAAAUACAAUGGUACAUCACACAGGUACACAACGUUUCUACUGCCUUACGUAGUGUUAACGUCUAAUCUGUAUAUAUAAUAUACUGCAUUGCAUUCUAUGGUACUAUGAUAUGAGACAUAUCCAGGUCCAUAUCGGUGCAUCAUUAAUAUGUUAAUGAGUCUUACCAGAGGACUUCAUCUGUUCCACAGUGAACUCAAUAUUAACAUAUGACAUAUCAGAUAUGAGUGAUGGUUUGGUGCUUCUGUUCCUGAGAUGAGGCUGAGCCUCAGUGUGUUGAUUGGUUAAUAUUUAGAAAUGUUGUUGAUCUUAAGGCUGGACCUUCCCCUGAAUUUACAAGUUCACCAACUGUAUCUUAUAUUGUAAAACCAAAUAACAUAAUAACGUAUCUGCAUUCAUAAAAUUACAUUCUUUUGCA